AUGUUUCUCUGUCUGCGUGACAUCCAGCAGAGCUCCUCCUUCUCUUCCUCUGCUGCUUUCCUCCUCUUUACUAAUCACUGUUUGCGGGAAUUUCUCCCGUCAAAGGUCACCAGUGAGGACUGAAAGGACGAGGGCGUUGAGAGGCUCAAACUUCGGAGGAUCAGAAUUUCUGCUCAGAUUCAGAGUGAGUGACUCUGCUUUUUGUUCUUUUGUUUUGUUUUGUUUUGUUUUGUAACGUUAGGAGGUCAACAAAACUCAUGCUGACACCGUAUGUGCAGACAGAGCGGUUCAAUCCUAGCCUGUAGACUUCAGACAGAUUCUGUUCCUGUUUAGCCCAGGAAAGGUUUGAGACAGCUGAUCCUAAACCAAAUUGAACUGUCUGAUCUGAUAUUAGAUGUAAAAAAAAAAAAACCCUCAGGGUGUAACAAAUGGUUAACCACUAUCAGUUUUCUAAAUGCCAGUGCUGAUCUCAAUAAUUGCAGAACAGAUAUGCAGAUAUUUAAUGACACGUUUUUGUUGUAUGCUUUUGUUAAAAUAGAAAAAAAGGGGGAAACUAACAAAAGAGAAACAGAAAUAGAUGAAGUUCAGUGAAUUCCUCUGUUAAAUUAAGGAAGAUAGAAAAUGUAGGCUCUGUGAAAUAUCACCUCUCGGUUCAGCUACCUAAAAUGACUGAGAGAGAAGACAGGAGUCCAGGUAAGAAAAAACAGAGCAUCGUUUUUAGAUUUAACAUGCUGUCAGUGGUGAUAGGGAAGAUGUGCUUUCACAAAGAUGUGUGAGGGCCGUGUAGAUAUGAUGCUGAUUAUGUCAAAAUCGGCUCAAUUGAUUGGCCCUGGAAGUGAUCAGUCUAUCUGUCAUAAAUAAAUCCUGCCUCCUUCAGCAAAGCUUAUGGGGCUGUGGACAAACUUUAGAAAUAAAUUACACAGAAUAUACAUUUUUCUCCCCCCUGCUUGUGAUGUUGACAUGUAGUUAUUGUCAGACUGGUUUGUGCUCAAGUCCUCUGUUUUCUGUACAGCUCCAUUUUUUAAAGUUAUUAGGGGUUCAUGUUUUCUAUAAUUGACACUUGAUACAGCCUAUGGGCAUGUGAAGCUUGCAUAGCUCUUUAGGGGGAUACGCUGUUUUAGCAGAUCGUCAUCACAGCAACUCUCCUGCCGAAUGCAUACAAUGCUACUGCACAAGUGGUGGUUUCAGGAAGUGGAGAAAAUCCCGGAAAUGCUAGAAGCAAUUUGGCUUCAAAUUCUUAUAAUGACAGAAGGUGGUGUCGCUACCUGAUCUGUCCCGGAAACCUGAUUUGUACUGUGCAUGUGCAAAAUGUAAGUCACUUUCUCAAACAUCUUUGUUACAGCUCAGCAAUUCUUUGCCCCUUGCAGUUUGUGACAGCUUUGACACUUGUUCGGCAGCUUCAGCAUCAGCGAGCUCCCUACAUUUAGGAAGGAUGCUUCAGUUUAUCGAUGCUUCAGUUUCUACGCGCUUUUCUUUUCUCCUAAACAGAGUUCUUCCCCUGAGUGAAGCAGAGCGCCGAAAAGUCAAGAGAAUGGCACCCAGUUUCACGAUUGAAGGUUCCUACUCCAGCUAAAUUGUAAAAUUGCAACGUAGUUAUAAAAGGCUUGAAUGAAUGUGAAUAUUUCAGGGUUGAAAUUGAAAUGCUGGAUAAAAAUGCUGAAAUUCAUUGUCCAUAAUGUAUUGGCUUCUUGUUAAUAAAUUUAAUUUCUAAAAUAAAUAAAAAAUCCCCCCUUGAUACUUUGAAAAGUCAGAGAACCAUGAAUUUGACUAGGUGGUGGCACUCUCUGUGGCCUGGGGAGGGUGCACCAUAGAUGGCCACACACCUCCAGAGCAUCCCUCCUUGAUACUUUGAAAAGUCAGAGAACCGUAAUUUUGGCCGGUCGGUGGUGCUCUCUGUGGCCCAAAAGGUUUCACCGUGCUACCGAGCUGGGCAGUAGCUCUGGUGAAUGCCUUGUCAUUAGCUCUGGAGCCUCCAGCUAGCUCGCCUGUCACAUUGCCAGCUUGUUUCUGAAUCGAUCUGUAGUUUAAAUAAAGUUUUUAAGGUGAAGUAAAUUUGCACUUGCGCAAUACAGAUCGGGAAGGUAGUGACUGCCGUAAAAUACAUUGAAAUGCCAAGAGAGGAAGUGUUGUAUGUUUCGCACAUGCGCAGUACAAAUCAGGUUUCCGGGACUGACUGGGUAGUGACAGGUGGAACCAAGCUGUCCAGAGUAGCCUGUAUACAGUCUAUGGUCUGAGUACACUCUUUCCAUAGCUGCAUAUCACCUGGUAGUGCCCGUUAAUGCUGUUUAUUUACAUUUGUAUGCAUGCUGUUAAGCCUUUUUAUACACAUUAUGUUGUAACAGACUUAAAGACUUAAUAUGUGUCCUUAUUUACCCUGUGUACAUCUGCACAUACCCUGAUAUACUGCAUAGCCUACACCCUGUGUGCACCUGUGCACAUUCAUAUCUGUGUGUACUAUUUCAUGUCUCCAUGCCCUUUGUCUAUUUUUACAUUGUUUAAGUUUGAACAUCAAAUAUCUUGUCUUAGUAGUGUAUUCAAUUGAUAUAGAUGAGAAAGGACUAUAAAAUAUUUUUUUUCUGGUUUUAUUCUCAUUUUACCCAACGUCCUAACUGCAUCUGAAUUGGUGUUUGUACAUAACCUCUAUCUCUUUGUACCUUGUGCCCCUGUGAGGCUUUGUACCCUGCACUAUGUUCAUAACUCGAAGUACCUUGCCUGAGGGCUCAUGUGUGCUCCCCAAACAUAUUGAAACAGUGCAUCAACCAGAGCGCGCUGCUCUGGGUCUAAAGUUGUCCCAAAAAGAAGAAGAGUCAAACAAAAAAGGCGACAAGAUAUCAGUGAUGCAUCUGUUAAAAAAGAGGCAAAACUAAAGGCAGCUUUGCAGGUGGUGAUGUUUGUGACGUCAAUAAAUAUUUCACUACUGAUAACAACAGACUGAAUUUUUUAUGUCUUUAUAAUUCAUGUUUUAUAGACAGUGGUGUGACUUAUCCAAUGACAAUCACUUUCCCUGUGGUUUUCAGUGGUACUGUACAUUUAUAGUUCAGAAAUGUAAGUUUGCAGAAAACAUGCAGAAAUACAGAUGAAAUUAGCACAAAGUGCAGACCAAAGGCUUCCUCUGUAUAUGCUUGCAUGAGCCUCAAAUCCUUAGAAACCCUGCACAUACCUGUGUGUGCUUUACUACACCUGAUCUGUCUGUCCCUGUGUGUGGGUACCAUGUUUGUUCUUAAUAGCAGAUAAAUGCUACUUGGUGUGUUUUUAUGUGUACAUGCCUGACCUACAGGAAGAAGGAAACAUUUAAAGCGUGAUCACAUUGUUCAGUGCUGCAGAAAGAGCAUUAAGUGUGGCACAACUGCUAUAAAACAAAGUAAAUAAGCCAUAACUCAGUUUCUGUGCCUGUCUUUUUGCAACAUGUCACAAAAAUACUGUCUUUUGACCACUAAAUCUGCUGUGAUUUUAAAAUAUUAAUUUGAUUUAUUAUGAUAUAUUUUCAUCUUUUUGAGGUGUUUAACGUAAAUGCAGAACAGUAUGGUUUAUAUAAUGCAGUUCUGAUCAUCACCCUGCAAAAAACACCUGUCUACCGACAUGUAUUCUGUCAGCACCUGUAUUAAUAGACAGAGAUAGGGCCUCUCAAAAAAGAAAUAUGCAGGAGAAAGAGAGUGCAGUCGAAAAGUGAGCAGCAGGGAGUAUGCAGCAGAGAUAGCGAGCUCAACGUAGAGUAUGCAGGAGGAGAGCAUGUGCAGCAGAGACAGUGUGAAGUAAAGAGUAUGUAGCAGAGACGGCAUGGAGUGAAAGGUAUGUAGCAGAGAGAGUAUGCAGCAGAGAGUGUGUGCAACAGAGAGUCUGUGCAGCAGAAAGUAUGCAGCAGAGAGUGUGUGCAACAGUGAGUAUGCAGCAGAGAGUCUGUGCAGCAGAGAUAGUGUGCAGCAGAGAGUAUGCAGCAAGGAGAGUGAGCAACAGUGAGAAUGCAGCAGAGAGAGUAUGCAGCAGAGCGCGUGUAGCUGAGAGUAUGCAGCAUUGAGAGAGUGAAGCAAAGAGUAUGCAGCAGAGAUAUGAAGCAGAAACACUCUGCAGCAGAUAGUGUGAAGCAGAGAGAUUGGCAUCAGAGAUUGUGCAAUAGAGGGAGUAUGCAGAAGUGAGAGUGUGCAGCAGAAAGAGUAUCAAGCGGAGCGUAUGCAGCAGAGAGAGUUAUCAGCACAGGGUGUAAAGCGCAGAGUGUAUGCAACAGAGUUUGAAGCCACAAAGGGUAUGCAGCAAAGAGAAUGUGGAGCAGUGUAAAUGCAACAGAGAGCAUGAAGCAGUCAGAGUAUGCAGCAGCGAAAGUGAAGCAGAGAAUAUUUGUUUAUUGCAGAGUCUGUACAUUUGGGCUGAAGGUCCAGCUGGUAGUGUCUCAAAGCACUUUUUAUCACUUCGCCUUAAUAGAAACAGUUUAUAUUUCCUUCUUAGACCACUUCUUAGCACUGCCUUUUGUCUUUUCUACGUUGCAUUUCAGGGAAAGUUUUUAAUCUUAAUACAGAUAAGUGUCUGUAUCAGUGUUUCUUUUAUGAUGAGCAGCAUCAGUCACUGUUGAAGAGAUCCAUGGAGAACAUAUGGCCUUACAGAGAGGCUGAGUCCUUCUUGUGUAGUUCUCUGCCCUGGGCUGAUCCAUCUGCUAUUGAAUAAACAUGAUGUACUUUAACAUUUUAAGUAUUUGGACAGCAGAGAACUUACAUGUGAUAGCUGUAAAUAAAACUGUCUGUAUGUCUUUGAGGAUGAGGAUUGAUAACAGAGGUGUUUAACUCAAAGAUCUAAUAUUAAUAGAUACAAAAAAGUAGGGUCUAUUUUCGCUUUGUGUGUGUAUCUGCACCUUCAGUCUCUCAAACAUUUUAGUUGCAUUUCUCGCAUGUUAAUCCUCUUAAGAAACACACACGUACGCACACACACACACACAAACACACACACACGCACACACAAACACAUACACACGCACACACAUAGUAUAUAAAUAUACUCUCCCUUUUUGCAGUGGUUUAACAUGUUGUUCAUGGUACUUGUUCUGUACCUUGAGCCUCCUCCUCAGUGUUACUCCUCUGAUGACUCUUUGUUCUGAGUGAAACCUGUUGAUGUGAUACAGUGAAUGUUGAUGAAUGUCUGCACACAGAACCAUGAACGAUGUUUCUGGACUCAGUGGACACAGUGUUCCUCUUACUCUUGCAGGGUCCUGUCAUUAUGUUUCAUCAUUGACCUAUCUACCCCGUGCACACACAAAAAACACACAAAAACACACACUCUCCCUCAUACUACACUGUGUUCCUACCUCCCCCAUUCUCUCUUCCUCCCCCUCUCUUCUUCCUCCCGCCACAUCUGCUUCUCAUCCUUCUACAUUCUUGUUUUUCCUUAGAGGAUUUAGACAUGUGGUUUUGAUGAACUCUCUCUCAGUUCCCCUUUUCUCUUUUUUCAUUACCUCUUUUUUUACACAUUGCUCAAUCCCUCCCUCCCUUACUUCCCCACUUCUCAAACAGAAACACGCACAAAACACACACACUACUUAGUUUGAUAGGUUUCCCACUGUCCUCUGCCCUCAUGAGUACUUUCUCUCUCUCUCUCUCUCUCUCUCUCUCUCUCUCUCUCUGUCUCUCUUGUUGCUCAAACAUUACCCUCAGAUGACUCCGCCCUCUAUCUCAGUAGAGAAAAAACUAAGUCUGAUCAAACUUUCAUGGUUUGUUCCUCAUCAUGCAGAAUGAGGAAACAGCCUAUACUGUACUGUAUAUAACACUGUUGCACUUUCCUUUAGCCUUGCAACAGGCAGAGUAUCUGACUGCAUGUUAUAACAGAGAGCAGGAGGCUCAGUAUGAAACCCACAGCAUCAUGUCUGACUGCUGCACAUGAACCAAAACACCAGCGUGCUUGGACUGGAUUUGAGCCUCCAGAUUUGAUUAAAACUGUGUGAAAUCAGAAGGGCUGUAAAGUUCGAGUCGACUGGUCGACUUAUUGGGCGAUAUGUACCAAGUCUCACUAAAAUUCUGAUUGGAUAACUCGAUAACUUUUUUCUGUGUCAGUUUACAGUCUAUGGUUAAUUUCAUCAGGAGGAACAUACCGAGAGCUAAUGGGGGUGUUUUCAGAGCACCCUUGUUUCACAGGUAAAGCCUGUCUCAGAACGCGUCCCUUGUUUUCACCAUGUUUGAUUGCCUAAAUAGGGCUGGACGAUAAAAUGAUAAUGAUAUAUACCAAAAAUUAAUUUUCCUCAAUAUCAAUAUUAAACAUGGUCAUUAUCCUUUUUGAUAGUUGGUAUUCUGCCAUAUUUUGGUAGGUUAUACAAAUAGCUAGUGAAAAGGGGAGUUGCCCCGGUCCGCUUUGCGCUGAUCCAAUCAUGUGCUAAAUUAGACCCAAGCAGCAAACAACUGCGUAGGAUCAGGCUGCAGCUACAUGCAACAAUAGCACUUUAACAUGUGAAGCUGACAGCACUGUCAGUGAAAAAAAAAAGAAAAUAAAUAAAAGAUGAUGACAUCGUCAACAACACUGGCAUGAAAACGUCGGUGGUGUGGAGGUAUUUUGUUUAUUUGAGGUUGGACAUGAAUCAGAGUAAUGUGCACUGCUAAAUAUGUUGAGUACAUUUUUCUUGCAAAGUCGGGGUAUACCUCAAAUCUUUUUCACCACCUGAAGCAGCGCCACGUGGCAGAGCAUGUGCAAUGCAAAAGGUUACAAACCCUGCGCGGAGCAAGGAGCCCAUGGUGCCGACCAUUUAGUCCGCUUUCUCUAGCGCAACACCUUAUGACAUAAUGUCUGAGAGACACAAGGACCUCACAGAUGCAGCGGCUUAUUGUUUUGCAAAAAACAUGCUACCAAUAAGCACAGUUAAAUUUCAUUUUUAUAUGAUGAUAUAUAUCAAAAUCGACUGAUAUGAAAAAAAUACAUUGUGAUAAACUUUUUCAAACAAAGUAUCUUCACCUAAAUUUGGAAAAAGGAUUUCACUGAAUACUACCAAAAAAGCAUUUCAGACAGUCUGACGUCCCUGUUGUCAGUCAUACUUUGUGUGAAAGUGAUGUAUGGAGCCAGGACAGGAGACAGGGAGUUAUUUCAGGGUUAAUAUGGACUUCAAUCUGAAGUAUUUGUUCUUGCAUUUAUUUUCAUCUGUAAUGCUGCUCUUAUCUGACUGUUCUGUAGCACCAUGUCCUCAGAGGGGGGAGGACCCAGGUUACACCGCCCGUUUGCCUGGUUUGACCCUGAAACAGCCGCAGUGAGUUUAGGACACAUACACCUAAAUAUCUUCAUCUGAAUGUACCGUUAGACUUGUUUAAAACUGCUAUCUCUCUCUCUCUCUCUGUGUUUACAGGUGGUUACCAUCCUGUUGGGGUUGUUCCAGGUGCUACUGUCAGUCCCUCUGGCGUAUGCUGGCCAUACUCUGCCCACUCUCUUUGUCCUGCCGCUGGUCAUUGGAGUGUUUGUACGUACCUGUAGCCUCACCUGUUGCCAGUUUGUACCUGCAGCGUCAUUUGUAGCCAAUUUGUACCUGCAUACUCAUUUGUAGCCUUAUAGUCUAACUGGUCAUAUUCAGUACAGAGCAGUAAAAGAAACAUGCUGACAUGAAGUUUAGGUCCUGUAGAGGACUUUGUGCUCACAUGGAGGAUGAGGAAGAUGAGCUGCUUGAGGCUGAACUAAACUAAAUUAAAAGUAUUAAUCAAAAUAUAAAGGGAGUGAAAUUUCUGUUUAUGGGAGCUUUUUAACUGUAUCCUGUUCAACUGAACUGUUCUGAUUUGAUAAGCUUUUGUCAGAGAGCUCCCCCUACUUGUGAGCAGCAGAUCUUACAUGAACUUACAUCCCAUUUUAGGAGGUAGUCUGAGACUGCAAGUGCAUGUUGCUGUCUGUUCUGUGUCAGGGUGCCAGUAUGAUAUUUUGACCCUCAGUAACACGCUGACAUAACAGAUUAUUUAUAAGGAAAUCCCAAACAAACUGGUGUCAGCUGACCAAUAGGAGAUUUUUCUUCUUUAUGAACAGACUUAAUUAAUUUACAAUAUUCCUAAGCAAGUAAAGUCUUUGGCACAGUGAGUGUAAUGCAAAGUAAACAAAGUGUCUUUUAUUUAACCAGCAAUUUGAUUAAUAUGUGUGCAGUUAUUUUAAUGAAACCUGGACAUGAAUGAGAGCCAAGAUGUUUGUGAUCAACAUCAGUAGAUGCUCCUCAGCUCAGUAUAUUUCAGCUCAGUAAAUUACUAUGACAGAUGUCAAAGGUACAACAAUUCUUGUUUAGGGUAAUGUCCAUGUUAAAAAAUGAUUAAAAUAGUAACACCUUAAAAAGUGGCUAAAAAUUUGAUCCUUAAAAACUGAUGAGAUAUUUAAAGAACAAGAUACAUCAUCCAUUAAUCAAAACUGUUUAAAGGUUGAAAAGUUUGGGCUUAAAAGAUAACUGAUGGUGACUUAAAGAAUAUGUGUGUGUGUGUGUGUGUGUGUGUGUGUGUGUGUGUGUGUGUGUGUGUGUGUGUGUGUGUGUGUGUGUGUGUUUUACAGGUAGUUGCAGGGGGAUCAUUCACUGUGGCCAGUGAGAGAAACCCGAGCAAAUUGCUGGUAUGUAGCAGGGCAAGCUCUCCUGUAUGUUAUUGAAGUUUUUAUCACAACAAGGAAUAUUUAUUCCAAAAAUUUGGGAUUUUUUAACAAUUUAAAAGUUUGUCUUCGUUUCCAUUUCUGCAGUAAAAAAUUGGAAAUCUGUCUGCAACAAUAAACAAAUCUCAAAUAAACUGAUUUUUUUAUGCAGGAGUAAAAACUUCAUAUUUCAGUCAGAUAAUGCUUAAUGUAAGGAUACUAGUUAUAGACUGCAUUAAGUAUAGACAACUUGACUCUCCCUCCCGUCACUGUACGAAUUUAAAACCCAGAAACCCAGAAACCCUCCUGGUAUUUACAGGAAAUCUCCAUUUCCUGAAACUGGCUUUUGUGCAGUGGUACACAAUCUUCUUAGACCCACUCAAUGUAUGUAAGUGUCAAUCACUGAAAAAAGAGGACUUGAGCAUAAAGCAGUCCUAUGAUAACUACAUGCCAAAAUCGCAACCAAUGGCAAAAAAAAAAAAAAUUAUGACUUGUAUUGAAUUUUCUAAAUUUGUCCACGGCACCAUUUAUUUAGCUGGAGGAGGAGGGGUUUAUGACCUGUACUGCAACCAGUCACCAGGUGGUGCUGUUCUCACAGAGGCUUUACACAGCAAGGAGGCAGAUGGGGCUCUAUUUUGGUGCCUCGCCAGAGAUCUGCCGCAAGCGCAGCGUCAAUCAGAUCCGCCGCGCUGACAAGGCGUUCCCAAGCACAUUUUGGUAUUUUGGUGAGCCGCGCAGCCCGGCGUAAGUAUCCCCCCUCCCUAACUCAGCUCCUCCCAUCAGCAUAAGUCGUAGACAAGGGGGAGAGAGGGCGUGUAGUAGAUUUAACACAGCCGAGACCUGUUUUCACCAAUCACAUAAGCUCCUCUCCUUGCCUUUAAAUCCGCCACCGGCGAGGCGUAUUACUAUUUUCAUGAAGUAGUCAAAGAGAUCAAGAGAUGUCUGAAGACAGUUAUGCCACACAAUGGCGACAGAGGGCAGCUGCUCAACAAGUGUCCUCCACACUCUCUCAUCUGAGCACAGAUGGAUUUGGUGUGUGUAAUGUUGGACCCACUGGUAAGACAAACACCCUUUUCCACAAAUAAAGACACUCACAUAAAGUUGCAUAUAUUCAAACCUCACGUGACAAAGGUGGGUUUAGCGCACAGAUCACAACUUAAACUCCAAAAAUGGCAUUCAAAUCGGAACCAUCUGUGCGUAAAUGACGCAUCGCGCUCCGUGGCCUGGCUCUUUCUUUCAUAGAUGUUGGCAUAUAAAAUAAAUUUGGCCCACAAAACUGAAUAUUAUAAUAUCCGUAUGUCGGCUUAAAGUAGAUCACGCAUCUGAGCACUGAAACAAAUCAUCUGUUCAGCCGCCGCAGCAAGCAAGACGGACAGAGGACACGGAGACGUGUCCAGGUCGAGCUGUGCGAGAAAUAAGAGGAAGAAAGAAAAGGAGGGAGACACAUUACAUAUCUUGUUAACUUCAUCAUGUGUGUUUAUUUACUAGAUAUUUAAUUUAAUUUGAUGCAGUUUCAGCUGUAUUGAUUCGGUCAGGUUGUGUGCCCAAACGCGUGCCAAACGCGUGCCAAACGCGCUCAUCAGAUCAGAUAUAGAUCAGAAUAUAUCGAUAUAGAUCUAAAUGUAUGUGCUGACUCAGAUUAAUAGUUGUUGAUGAUUAUUUAUUGCACUGAAAUGUGCCUGACACUGUGGAAACCUGCCGGUGAGGCAUCAGUGACGUAUGUCAAUACGCCGCCGGUCUACCAAAAUACUACUAGACCAGCUGCGUUCCGCCUUGCGCUGAAAGCUGACCAGGUUUGAAUCGGCGAGCUUUCAGCGCACGUUACACGCCGGUGGCGAGCACGAAAAUGUCACUGCACCAGCUGAUUCUGUCAACACCUCCCCCUGCCACGCCACCACGCCCAGCUUGGCGGAUCUCGGCUCGCCUCCGUGCGACUCAGUCCACGAAAAUACCAAACUCGCCUUACGCCGGGCUCCGCCAGACGAAAAUACAACUGCGCGGGGCUCGCCGCCCUCCGCCGCCUCACUGGCGCGAACGAAAAUAGAGCCCAUGGUGUUUAUUCUCUAUACAGUCUAUGAUACUAAUGCACAGUGUAUACAACUGACCCAGUUUUCUUUCUUAAUCAUCGAAACUUUUGUUGUGCUUAAGUAAAGCAGCAGUCGGCCUGACUGUCUAUCAGCUGUUUUAGACUCUUUAAAUCUUGUUCAGAGUUUUUCUACUUGCUCUCUGAUGAUCUUCAUGACCUUCACCUCCACAGCUGCAGGGCUGUGCAUGCAGUAACGUGGUUGGCCUGCUGGGGGCAACACUGGCCCUCUGUCUAUACAGCUAUGGCCUGAGCUCAGUGCAAAACGUGGCCCCCUGCCCCCCCUACUCCCAUGACCUAGACUACAGGAGCUCCAGCUACAAGUGUCCUGGGGACCUGCUGGCAGUAAGUGAGACCUUCUUCCUGAUUAACUGUAGACUGAGAACAGUUGGAUUACACACCUGUGAGCUAGAGUAGAGAAAGGACAAGUGAGGUUGAUGAUACUCUGAUAAUUCUAUGGCGGCCCUGAAGGUCCAUCAUUCCAUUCCUUUUCUACCACUUAUCUGGAGUCAGGGGCAGCAGCCCUCUCCCUGGCCAUUUUGUCCUGCUCUCCCUGGGGGAUCCCAAGGCGUUCCCAGACCAGCUAAGGGACAAAGUCUCUCACAGAGUCUCUCCAGCGUUUCCUGGGUUUUCCCCAUGGUCUCCUACCAGUAGGAUGUGCCCUGAACACCUUACCAGCGAGGCAUCCAGGAGUCAUCCUGGUUAGAUGCCCAAGCCACCUCAUCAAACUCCUCUCAAUGUAGAGCAGCAGUGGCUCGACUCUGAGCUCCUCCCAGAUAACUAAGCUUCUCAACCUAUCUCUAAGGGAGAGCCCAGCCAUCCUGCGGGGGAAACUCAUCUUGGUUGCUUUUAUUUAUGAUCUUGUUCUUUUAGUCAUUACCCACAGCUCAUGACCAUAGGUGAGGGUAGGAAUAUUGAGGGCUUUGCUUUCCUAGCUUUGACAGUAACCUGAGGUACUGGAACUACUCCUUUUGGCGCAGGAUCUCAUCUUCAACCCUGAAGGAAAUGUUUUUGUUCUGUAUGAAAAGAUUUUUCUCUUUUUUCUCCUUCAUUCAUUUUGAUUAUAUUUGCCAAAUAUUUUUGGUUUCCUAAUUUAUUUUGUAACUUUUGUAUUUUUGCCCUCAUUAUUACUUUCUUUGUUUCAAGUGGUUUUGUAUUUCUCAAACUGAUUCAGCUUUUCACUUCAUGUUUUUGUGUCUUCCAAAUGUUUUUAAAGGUUUUUAAAUAUAGGUUAAGUGAUCUGCAUUUAGUUUUUUCUCCUCUUUCAAUUUCAGCAUUUAUGAAAUGAUUUUAGAUUUUGCAAAUUACUUUUAGGGUUUUUAUUAAAUAUUUUUGUGUACAUGACACUUUCAUGAGGCUGAAAUCAUUUGUGUUUCAUUAACUGAUUUUGUUACAUUUUUUAUAUUUUUGUGUGAUAUUUUGGGGUUUUAGAGUUUCUUGAAUUUCCCUUUUUAAUUAAAUCUUUUUGAUUAUCUUGAAAUGUUUUUGCAUUUAGAGACAUAUAUUUUAUAACAGUUAAAUAUUGUUGUAGUUGACCGUCACAGCCACUGAUAAUCUUGUGCACACAGUGCUACAGGGGCCUUGUCUUUGUAACAUUGAAUUAAACUUGUCAGAAAAUGAACAUUUAGACAAGAAUCAGUCUAUGAACUAUAAUGACUUGAUUUUUGGCUUUAAUACCUUUAUUGGAGAGGAAAGAACAGAAAAUAGAGCAGGAAACUGUGAGUGAGUAAUGGGAGUGAUGUGUGGAUGAGCCAAACCUGGGCUGUGUACAUCUGGGGUGUUUCUUUAACCACAGGAUCAACCAGCACCGCCAAGAACCAUCCAUGUAAAUCCUUUAUAUUUUUAAAAUGUACUUUCACGUAGCCCUGAAACAGUUCCUGUACACCUCAAGUUAUCCAUCUUUUUGUUUAAGGUUUCAGUCAUGUGACAUCUUUGUUUUGGUCUUCAUUGUUAUGAUUACAGUGCAGCUUUAAUGUACAGAUAUGGUGUUCAGUUUUUUGUAUGAAAUGCUUGUUAAAGUUGAACUUAAAUAAGGAUGUUAUCUCAGGACGCUGGCUGUCACUCUGAUCUUCACUUUCAAAAUGACAGAGUGAAUCCACUUUUUCCUUAACUUUUUACUAUUUUUUGUGUCUUCAUCUUCAAACUUUCAAAGUGUUGGUACAUUAAAGACAGCUAUGAUUUCAGUUAAAAGUAUAGGAAACUUUAAAGGGGUAGGAUUAGAUAAAUUUUUACUUAUUCCUACUCCUUUUGUAAACUAACAUGAGAUGCUUUAGAAUUUGCAGAGGAAAGUUACUGUUUGUUUUCAUUUCUUAAUGUUCACUUAUUCUUACUUUUUUAAGUUGUCAUUUACAUGAUAGAACCAAAUAGAUAAACCAAACCAACAUACACCUCAAAAUCCAUUUUUUUCAUGUUAGGUGGUCCUUAUACUCCUUUGUUCACAGCAUAGCAGAUACUGUAGCUCUUCAACGACUGGUCCCAGGUUGUUCCUAAUAAUGCUAUUGUGAAUGCUGUGUGAUACUAAACCCAUAAACAUAGUCUGUGGAGAGGCAGAUAAUCAAGAUAGGAGAAACAGGUGCACAAAGAGGGACAAGGUCCUAAAAAUAAUGAAAUAUUUAUUUUAAAUGAGUACAAAUAUACCUGUUCUUUAUGUGAAGUGUCCUAAGGAAACAUUUGCCAUUAAGUUGUGUGUUGUAAAUGGUAUUUGAUUAGUUUAUUGAUUGAUUGAUUAUAAGUGCAUCUUUUAUACCUGUUUUAUGGACAUUUGGAUAAUUGUGCUGUUUUGUCUCCUGCAGGCUCACAGCUGGAGUUUGCUCUUUCUGCUGCUGCUGUACAACACUGGAGCUGUACUGCUGCACUGCAUCUUGUCUGUGUCAGCACUUCGAGCACUGAAAACAAACUGA